AUGGCAUCUGUACGAGAGAUCCCCGACGAAGAGGCCUUCCACGCGACCAUCUCUGCGCUACCACCCUCUACACUCGCCGUCAUCUACUUCCACGCGCCAUGGGCUAAACCAUGCGAGCAAAUGUCGCUCAUCUUGUCGACGCUUGCUAGCACAUACCCCGCCAACGCGCCCAUCCAGUUUCUCGCCCUCAACGCCGAAGAGCUACCCGAUGUCUCAGAGCAGUACGAUGUCACAGCAGUGCCCUUUAUUGUCCUGCAGAAAGACGGCAGGAGCUUGGAGACUGUGUCAGGCUCAGAUGCAGCGCGAGUACGAGCUGCUGUAGAAAAGUACGCGGGCGCAGGCGCAGGCAGCGCGAGAACGACCCUACCACCCGCACAAACGGUUACCCGACCACCAGUUCAAAACGGCACAUCUGCGGGAAGCGCGAAUAACUUCGGCGCAUACGCGCCCAGCGCUCAAGACCCGAGGUCAGCACCCGCCAGCCAACACCAAGAAGGCGAGCAGGAGACGAACAAGGAAGAGCUAUUCAGGAGGCUUGGGGAGCUUGUCAAGGCCGCGCCAGUCAUGCUGUUCAUGAAGGGCACACCGAGCGCACCACAGUGUGGGUUCAGCCGGCAGACGGUGGGCGUACUGCGCGAGAAGGGCAUUCGAUAUGGCUUCUUCAACAUCCUCGCCGACGAUGAGGUUAGGCAGGGGCUUAAGGAGUAUGCGGAUUGGCCAACGUUUCCGCAGUUGUGGGUGGAUGGAGAGUUGGUCGGUGGACUUGAUAUCGUUAAAGAAGAAUUCGAAAACGACCCCGAAUUUCUCACCCAAUAUUCCGUCAAUGCAUCAAAGGCAGCUUAG